CCCAGCAUCACCCCUCCCCCAUUCCCUUCAUCCCUCAAUUUCAUCCAUGAGUUCUACCCCUUCUUUCUUCUUCUUCACAAACCUCUCUCCCUCACAGUCCAGGAGGAACGCUGCGCUUGGAAUGUGUAUCCUCUUAGUUCUCAGGCUGCUGUGAACUACCCAAAACCAGGGAUUUCUCUCUGUCUACAAACUUCAUCCCAACAGCCAUGCAAGGGCGGAGUCUGCUCUUCACCCUUUCCCUCCUCUUCCUCCUGUCUUUAUCUGAGCCAAAAAAGAAGUCCAAGCAGCCGUCAGAUGCAGUAGAUGGGUCACAUAGCACAACAGUGAAAGCCUCACUGCCAUCAGGUCAGCUGAGCACUAAAGAUGGGCAUCGCUGUACCUGGGAGGCUCUGGAGAGAGGCACCAACAUCCUACUAACGAUGAGCUGCUCCAUCCCUGGGGAGGAGGGGCGUAGACCUCCGUACACUUGCCAGUUUGCAGGGAAACCGUGGGAAUGUUCAGCGUACAGCAGCCAGUCCUCCCAGUACUGGAAGCAAGUGAUGAGCAAAUUUAAGAAGCGGAAUAACGCUUGUCAGGGUGAGAAAGUUUUGAAAACCCGCCUGUGUAAGAAAGAUCCAAGCGUGUCCCACAUGAAACUCACGGAAAGAAGCGAAGAUGAAACAACCACGCCCGUGAGCCAGGGGGCGAGGGACGAGAGCAAACGCAAAACAGAGGUAUCUGCGAGGAAAAGCAAAGGGGUAAAGAAGGAAAAGGAAGAGAAAAGAGAGGAGGAUGGGAUUGGAGAAGUCGUCAACGAUGGAUACCAAAACACAGAGCCUGACGUGAGCUACUGCGCAGAGGGAUGGAGUUCCAUCUGCCGCUUCUUUGUCAAGUUUUUUGAAGGUUAAAAAAGUACACGGGGCUAUCAGAGAUGUUUGGAUGGACCCAGGUGUGGAUAAAAGCUAAGAGUGCUGACGCAAAUGAAAUAGAGGGAUGUCAACAAUGUAAUGCUUUUUUUAGUCUGCGGCCUGUCAGCACAAUGGAUAAAACAGCCCAGUUGUAAAGAGGAAUAGAUGGAUUAAAUAUAGUUUAUUUUGUAAUAUUAAACAACACACUAAUCAUGUUAAUUACUUACAAGAUCUGUUUAUUGUAUAUUGUCACUAAGUCUGUAUGUUUUUGUAGAUAUGAAUCUACACAUUUGUAUUCUAUACAUCACAUUUCUUUGUCGUUAUCCAAACUGUUGUAUAUCGUUUUUGCAAACACAAAAAUACUCGAACAAUAAAACAAAAAAAUGAUAAAAUGCACUUUUGGUUA